UUGCAGUUUUUGACCGGGCAACACCACCACCACCAAAACAAAAAUUUAAUUCAAUUUGUUUGUGAAAUAUGGAGUUCCUACUUGCCGAUCCAGCCAUGAAGAUCAUCAUCGAGGGAGCCAAGGAGUGCUUCCUGCCGCCACCGGAGAAACGUGAACCAAAUUAUUUGGACAAUCUGCAUAUAAUAUUCUUCGAACAGAUCUUCGAGACGAUCGACAACCUCAGCGAUCAGGUGCGCAUGGCCCGGGCGUAUCCGCAGUUCUUAUCAAAUAUCCUCAAGAUCUGGCAGAAGCGUUUGGACAUGAUUGUCGGACCGAAUACGGCCUUUUUGGGCCUGCUGGAUAUCGAGGACUAUGUGUUCUUUAUGGAUCACAUGGCCGAUCGUUUCAGAGAGCUGCACGUCCAUGCGGAUGGCGUGGGUUCGUUUGCGCAGUUCUUCGACUAUAUACGACAUCUGCACGAUGUAAAUGUCACAUGUUUGCCCGGCGUGGAGACCUGUGUGCUGGCCGGCAAUCCCAAUACCGUGAUCGACGAUGACAUCCGAGAUCUCACACUAAUGAUACCCAAUCUGCGGCGUUUGACCAGCUGCAUGAACAUCUCGGGUGGGUAUAUCUGGUGUUUCCAGAAGCUCGAGGAGCUCGUCUUCCACUCGAUGUACCACUCGCUGCCGCUGGACAGUCGCUGGAUACAGGAGAUCUGCCUGAGCAUGACCCAGCUGCGGGUCCUGGACAUCACCGAUCACUUCGACAGCGGCGUACGCCUUACGGGCAUCAAGCUGCCGAAUCUGGAGGUGCUCAAGAUCAAUCUGAGCAGCGUCGAGUGCAUGAUACCGGACGUACUGCAGUUGCCGAAACUCAAAAAGCUGGCCGUGCGCUUCGAUGACUCGCGCCAGCUGCACGCCGAUCAGGAGACCAUUUUCCAGCAGAUUGUUGUGGCCAAAAGCGAGUCCAUCAGCCGCAUAGCCCUCAACAAUGAGGUGGUGCAACUGCCGCCGCGCUGGCAUCAGAGUUUGCUGGUGGAACUGCCGCAGCUGAGGAAAUUGGUGUGCGAGAACUGGUACCACGACGAUUUCUUCCUGGACUGCCAGCACAUACCGUGCCCCCAGAUGGAGGUCCUUAGCUUCAGUGGCUGGGAGAUAGUGCGCGAAUAUCAGCUGCUGGAAAUGGUGGCCGAGUGCACAAGUCUGCAGCAUCUGGCCCUGAACGGCUACCACAGCAAUGCGGCCCGACUGAGCAAACUGGUGCAGAUACGCAGGGAGGAGAAGAACGCCCAGCCCCUGCAGGUCUUCAGCGACAUCAUGUGGACCACUCUGAUACCCGAGGAGUACCAGAAAUGGUCCGCCGACAAGUACGUUCAGGCCACCUGCGAUGGCAGCGAAUACGACUACCAGGAGGAUGGUUUCGAGUUCGAUUUUGCUUAGAAAAGCCCCCCACUUCAGAUUGUACAUAUUUUUGUUUCAUUUUUAUUAUUGUAAAUACACAUCACACGCAUCUCGAAAA